UCAGAGGCUGCGUGGACCGGCUAGCCUUGCCCCGCCCCUUGCCGCUCCGCACCCAAAUGUUCCUGCCCAAUUAGAAAGGCGGGAGGCGGAGUCUCAGCUCUGCGCGGUCUCCUUGGGAAAGUGCGACCGAUUCUUUCACCGGAAGUACCGCGGGCUGGAACCUCCGGUGUGGAGUGGAUGUUCAGCGAUGUAGUAAGUGGUUCUGCCUUGACCCCAAAAUGCUGUAAAGAGGCCCUCUGGGGUUGGUGCCUGCCAAAUCUGGGCAACUGGCGGAUCCCAUGAUCCUUCCACAUGUCACCUAGUCCCGGUCCUGCUCUAUGUCUCUGGCGUUCCCGGUUAGGAUGUGGGUCACGAGGUGUUCAGGAUUCCUGUCUCCUGCUGCCAGAGCCCGAAACUGUAGGAAGUCAACGCCUGAGUUCCAAUCUGGAUGUCCUUUCAAAAGGCGAGGUGGACUGGGAAGCCAGCAUCGCAAAAACCAGUGUACCCUAUUGAGGAAAGCUGAGGUCAUGAACACUCUGCUCCUCACCUGCUCAGGACCUACCUAUCCUUCCAAGCCUUUCCAAACCUUGUAAUAAAGAGGAACCCUGGCCAGUUCCUCAGAGGUGAAGCACACUUGAUGGCAACAGCACAAGCUUCUCCAGUCCGGCCCCAUGGGAGAGGCGAACCAGUCGAGAGUCUCUGAGUUCCUCCUCCUGGGGCUCUCCAGGCAGCCCCAGCAGCAGCAGCUCCUCUUCCUGCUCUUCCUCACCAUGUACCUGGCCACGGUCCUGGGAAACCUGCUCAUCCUCCUGGCCAUCAGCGUGGACUCCCGCCUCCACGUCCCCAUGUACUUCUUCCUCUGCAACCUGUCCUUCGUGGACACCUGCUUCUCCUCCACCACUGUCCCCAAGGUGCUGGCCAACCACGUACUCGGGAGCCAGACCAUCUCUUUCUCUGGGUGUCUCACGCAGAUGUACUUUGUUUUCAUGUUCAUGGACAUAGACAAUUUCCUCCUGGCUGUGAUGGCCUAUGACCGAUUUGUGGCUGUAUGCCACCCCUUACACUACUCAGCGAAGAUGACCCCCCAGCUCUGUGCCCUGCUGGUCACUGGAUCAUGGGUCACUGCCAGUCUGGAUAUGCUCUUGCACACCCUGCUGAUGGCUCGACUCUCCUUUUGUGCAGACAAUGCCAUCCCCCACUUCUUCUGUGAUGUGACUCCUCUCCUCAAACUCUCCUGCUCUGACACACACCUCAAUGAGCUGAUGAUUCUAAUUGAAGCAGGGCCAAUAAUGAUCGCUCCAUUUAUUUGCAUCCUGGUAUCAUAUGUCCUUAUCACCUGUGCUGUCCUGAGAGUCCCAUCCGCAAAGGGGAGAUGGAAAGCCUUCUCCACCUGUGGCUCCCACCUGGCUGUGGUAUUCCUCUUCUAUAGCACCAUCAUAUUUCUGUAUUUCAACCCUUUGUCCUCCCACGCAGCUGAGACAGAUGUAGCAGCUGCUGUGAUGUUCUCUGUGGUGACGCCCAUGCUGAACCCCUUCAUCUACAGCCUGAGAAACCAGGACAUAAAAAAGGCUCUUGGAAAAGUGGUUGCUAUUAAAUUUUUUUCUGUUUAGUAAUCAAAUGGGCUAAGAAAAUCACAGAGGGAACUAAUUUCUAAGAAAUUUGUAUUCUUGUUUUUUUAUUAUGCAAAACUUAAAAUUUGUCUUUUAAUCUUGAUGUUAGAAACCUAUAUCCUGAUCUUCCACUUAUAUUUUUUAAUAGUCUUUCUAAGUUUCUGAAUAGUCUCCACAAAUUUUAUUUUCCUUUCCUUUUGUAUUUUCAUCAGGUUGCUCUAGCAAAAUAAACAUGCUAAUCACCCUGUUACUGAAUUAAAACAUAAAGUAAGUUUUACUAUUUAAAAGUACAACUUUAUAUUUUGAAAAUGAUUGCAGAAAAUAAAACAUUGAGAAAUAGAUGAAACUGGUUAAAACAUCACUGAGAAGGAUGCUCUCGAUUGUGAGGGACAAAGACAAAAAAUAGGGCAGUUCCCCUUAAUUUCACAGAGCUAAGAUGAUAUCUUUUAUGAAAAUGGACAGAAGUUGAAUCCAAGGCAAUUUUUGUUUAUAAUAAUGAUUUUUGUAUAUACUUUGUAAUUGUGUAUUGGUAUUUUUGCCUAAAGGGAUAAGUGGUAGCAUUUUCCAUUUUUAGUCUAUAUAUCCAAGAAUUAUUUGUAAUAAGAGGGACAAUACCUGUUCUUCCAAAGUCUGAAAGAAAUCCCCAACCUUUGCUCCAUGUAUUUUUGUGCUCUAUUAGAUAGUCAUAUUUAUCUGUUUUAUAUGUUUGUUUUAUCCUUUUAUCAUUAUAAGAUAUCCCUUUUAUCUAGAGUAACAUUUUGUCUAAUAUUGUAACCAUUCAGGUCUUCUGUGGUUUCUGUUUGCAUGACAUCUUUGCAACCUUCUUUGAAUUCAAUGUGUCUUUAAAUCCAGAGUGUGUACCCUGUAGACAACAUAUACUUUGAUCAUGUUUUUUAAUCCAGUUUAAUGAUCUCUGACUUUUGGUUGAAUUUUUAACCCACUCACUUUUUUUUUUUAUGGCUGUACUGGGAAGCAUGUGGGAUCUGUUUCCUGACUAGGGAUCGAACUCGUGCCACCUGCGUUGAAAGCACAGUUUUAAUCACUUGACUGCCAGCGAAGUCCUCCAUUCACUUUUAACACUAAUAUCUACCACUUAACUUUGUUUUCUUGUGCCUUUUUUGUCUUUCCUGCUCUUUUGCAUUUAUUCUGUAUUUUCUAAUGUAGCAUUUUAACACCAGUAAUUCUUUUUACUAUAUUUUUUGGGGUGUUUUUUUAGUGGUUGCUCCAGGUUUAACUGAUCAUCAGUGUCAGAUUUAUUUUAGCUUCAGUUUCAGUUCAGUCGCCCAGUCGUGUCCGACUCUUUGCGACCCCAUGAAUCGCAGCACGCCAGGCCUCCCUGUCCAUCACAAACUCCCGGAGUUUACUCAAACUCAUGCCCAUCAAGUCGGUGAUGCCAUCCAGCCAUCUCAUCCUCUGUCGUCCCCUUCUCCUCCUGCCCCCAAUCCCUCCCAGCAUCAGGGUCUUUUCCAAUGAGUCAACUCUUCACAUGAGGUGGCCAAAGUAUUGGAGUUUCAGCUUCAGCAUCAGUCCUUCCAAUGAACACCCAGGACUGAUCUCCUUUAGGAUGGACUGAUUGUAUCUCCUUGCAGUCCAAGGGACUCUCAAGAGUCUUCUCCAACACCACAGUUCAAAAGCAUCAAUUUUUCGGCACUCAGCUUUCCUCACAAUCCAACUCUCACAUCCAUACAUGACCACUGGAAAAACCAUAGCCUUGACCAGACGGACCUUUGUUGGCAAAGGAAUGUCUCUGCUUUUUAAUAUGCUAUCUAGGUUGGUCAUAACUUUCCUUCCAAGGAGUAAGCGUCUUUUAAUUUCAUGGCUGCAGUCACCAUCUGCAGUGAUUUUGGAGCCCAAAAAAAUAAAGUCUGACACUGUUUCCACUGUCUCCCCAUCUAUUUCCCAUGGAGUGAUGGGACCAGAUGCCAUGAUCUUAGUUUUCUGAAUGUUGAGCUUUAAGCCAACUUUUUGGCUCUCCUCUUUCACUUUCAUCAAGAGGCUCUUUAGUUCCUCUUCAGUUUCUGCCAUAAAGGUGGUGUCAUCUGCAUAUCUGAGGUUAUUGAUAUUUCUCCCGGCAAUCUUAAUUCCAGUUUGUGCUUCUUGCAGCCCAGCGUGUCUCAUGAUGUACUCUGCAUAUAAGUUAAAUAAGCAGGGUGACAAUAUACAGCCUUGAUGUACUCCUUUUCCUAUUUGGAACCAGUCUGUUGUUCCAUGUCCAGUUCUAACUGUUGCUUCCUGACCUGCACACAGGUUUCUCAAGAGGCAGGUCAGGUGGUCUGGUAUUCCCAUCUUCAGAAUUUUCCACAGUUUAUUGUGAUCCACACAGUCGAAGGCUUUGGCGUAGUCAAUAAAGCAGAAAUAGAUGUUUUUCUGGAACUCUCUUGCUUUUUCGAUGAUCCAGCAGAUAUUAGCAAUUUGAUCUCUGGUUCCUCUGCCUUUUCUAAAACCACCUUAAACAUCUGGAAGUUCUUGGUUCACGUAUUGCUGAAGCCUGGCUUGGAGAAUUUUGAGCAUUACUUUACUAGCAUGUGAGAUGAGUGCAAUUGUGCGGUAGUUUGAGCAUUCUUUGGGAUUGCCUUUCUUGGGGAUUGGAAUGAAAAUUGACCUUUUCCAGUCCUGUGGCCACUGCUGAGUUUUCCAAAUUUGCUGGCAUAUUGAGUACAGCACUUUCACAGAAUCAUCUUUCAGGAUUUGAAAUAGCUCAACUGGAAUUCCAUCACAUCUACUAGCUUUGUUCGUAGUGAUGCUCUCUAAGGCCCACUUGACUUCACAUUCCAGCAUGUCUGGCUCUAGGUGAGUGAUCACACCAUUGUGAUUAUCUGGGUCAUGAAGAUCUUUUUUGUACAGUUCUUCUGUGUAUUCUUGCCACCUCUUCUUAAUACCUUCUGCUUCUGUUAGGUCCAUACCAUUUCUGUCCUUUAUUGAGCCCAUUUUUGCAUGAAAUGUUCCCUUGGUAUCUCUAAUUUUCUUGAAGAGAUCUCUAGUCUUUCCCAUUCUAUUGUUUUUCUCUAUUUCUUUGCAUUGAUCGCUGACGAAGGCUUUCUUAUCUCUCCUGGCUAUUCUUUGGAACUCUGCAUUCAAAUGGGAGUAUCUUUCCCUUUCUCCUUUGCUUUUUGCUUCUCUUCUUUUCACAGCUAUUUGUAAGGCCUCCUCAGACAACCAUUUUGCCUUUUUGCAUUUCUUUUCCAUGGGGAUGGUCUUGAUCCCUGUCUCCUGUACAAUGUCAUGAACCUCCAUCCAUAGUUCAUCAGGCUCUCUAUCAGAUCUAGUCCCUUAAAUCUAUUUCUCACUUCCACUGUAUAUUCAUAAGGGAUUUGAUUUAGGUCAUACCUGAAUGGUCUAAUGGUUAUCCCUACUUUCUUCAGUUUAAGUCUGAAUUUGGCAAUACGGAGUUCAUGAUCUGAGCCACAGUCAGUUCCAGGUCUUGUUUUUGCUGACUGUAUAGAGCUUCUCCAUCUUUGGCUGCAAAGAUUUUGGCUGAUUUUCGGUGUUGGCCAUCUGGUGAUGUUUAUUCCUGUUAUAUACAAAAAUGCUUCUUCUAUAUGGUUUUAUUCCCUUUCCACAUUUUAAGCAUUGUUAUGUAUUAUUGG